AUGCCUCAAGCCAUAUGUAAGCAAGUUAAUGAAAAGCAAACAAACGCCCUUGAAGUUUCAACCAGAGUCUGUACCACGUAUAGUAAACAGGCGUUUACAGAGGCGAUAUUGAGCGCGUGCAGGACUUUUGUAGUCUGCCACCGCAUCAAACGCCCUCAAAAUGAAAACUCUUAUGAAGCAACAGGAAAACCAACAACUACACAUCCCAAAUCUUAUGGCCAGAAAAAGCAUCAAACAAAAUUUGUUCUAUGGGAAAUUUUAUUUAUUUGCUAUUUGCUGCUCUGCUGUCAGGCCACAAACACUUCCGCUGCCCAUUACAAACACAACAACUACAACAACAACAGGGUCAUUUUGUUGGCUGAGCAACCUUCGGCAGCGGUAACCUUACUCAACAAUCAGACACUUCUUCAAUUCAAUGCAACAUCUUGGCUGAAGACGAAUUCAUCGAAAUCAACAUCUUCUGCAGCAACACUGGCUAAUUCUAUCAAACGACACAAUAAUAAUAAAAAUGAAGUUGUCACUGUCUAUAAUAGAAAUAGCAAUAGCAAUAAAAAUGAAGUCAUAUUUCCCACGAACAAUGAAAUCACCAACAUUAUCGACCAGCACCACAUCCUUUCAUCAGCUACCGCAGCUACUCCUGCUGUUUAUUCAACAAGUACUGGCACUUCUACUGCUACAACUUCAAUAUUUAAUGUCUCAGCAUCUUCUAGUGCUGCACCAUCAUCCUUCAAUGACACUUCAUUUGAUGAUAACGAAGUGCCAGAGAUUCCUUCAUACAUACGCACCACUGCCAUGUUUUUCUGCAUCAUCAUAAUGUUAAUGGGUGUUAUUGGCAACGUUAUGGUUCCCAUUGUAAUCGUACGCACGAAGGACAUGCGUAAUUCAACAAAUAUAUUUUUAACGAAUCUCAGCAUUGCUGAUCUAUUAGUUCUACUGAUUUGUACUCCAACGGUUUUAGUUGAACUAAAUACAAAACCAGAAACCUGGAUAUUGGGUCAUGAAAUGUGUAAAGCAGUGCCAUUUGUUGAACUAACCGUGGCUCAUGCCAGUGUCUUAACAAUUUUGGCCAUAUCAUUUGAGCGUUAUUACGCCAUUUGUGAGCCUUUAAAGGCCGGUUAUGUUUGUACCAAAACUAGAGCUAUAUUAAUCUGUUCCUUGGCCUGGGGUAUUGCUGCUUUAUUUACCAGCCCUAUUUUAUGGGUGGCUGAAUAUAGAUUUGUCGAUUAUAUAGAUGGAUCCUCGGUGGCAGUUUGCCUAACACAAGCCUUGAACAACUGGACCAUUGGCUUCUUUAUGAUGACCAUUACACUGUUCUUCAUCUUACCGCUGUUCAUCUUGAUCAUUUUAUAUGGCAUUAUAGCUAAGAAUUUAAUCUCGAAUAAAGGACCCAUGAUGCGCAUACGUCCCAUCAAACCGGAAUACAGUUUAAAGGCCCGCAAACAGGUGGUUCUAAUGUUGGGCGCCGUGGUCUUGUCGUUCUUUCUGUGUCUGCUGCCUUUUCGUCUCUUGACCAUGUACAUCAUUUUGAGUUCGGAACAAACUCUGCUGGAUAUAGGGGUGGAGCGUUAUUACAAUCUUUUGUAUUUUUGCCGUAUUAUGCUGUAUUUAAAUUCAGCUGUUAAUCCCAUACUCUACAAUUUAAUGUCAACGAAAUUUCGCAAGGGAUUCUAUAAAUUAAUAGUGACCAGCUGGACGGGGUUGGUGACUUCUAUGACCUGCGGCCGCUAUGCAGCAGGACGUAAACGUUUGGGUACCAAUGUUGUGGCCACCACAACCACCACUAGUUCGAAUACGAAUACAACCACAACUACAUCAUCUAGCAUGCUGUCACGCAGCUCAAAUCGUCGCUCCAGCGAUGAGGUCUGUCAGCGUACUCGAGUGCAGAUACAAUUGCAAAUGCCCUUUGGUCCAGAUUGUGAAAUGGUUGCCAUGCUGCACAGCAACAAUACCGAUGUUAGGGCCGCAGCUGUAGUGGCUGCCAGUUUGCCAGGUCAUCGUCAGCAUCAUCAGCAGCAAUAUGGUGUUAAUGGCAAAAUAAGUAUUCAUCCUGUACAACAUCAGCAACAUUCCCGGCCACAACAUGUAGUAUGCAGUCGCUUUAAGACCAAACAAAUAAGUUUCGAAGAAGAGGCAGCCAUGUCUUAA